AUAUGAAGAAGAAGAAGAGCAGCUGUGCACUGUGGGAUAAAUAGAGGGUGGAGAAGGAUGUUAAUUGUUAUGCGAACAAAUUAUAAUGAGAAUUUCGGACUAUUAACAUAAGUGUUUGUUGGCAUAGUGAAUACUGAUCCAGUGUUUUCUAUUUAAUGAAUUGUGAGAGCGUUUGCAUUGAAUCAUUGGUCUUGACUUUGCAGCGUUUCGAGUGCGUUAACGGAGCUGGUCAGUUCAGUGUUGUGCAUGAUCGUACAUGUAGUGUUGUUUUCUAAUGUAAAGAAGCGUAAAUCAGUCAUACGCUGAAUUAUUAAGAGUCGAUGGCGUCCCACGCACCUUUCACUGAUUCCGAUACUGCUGAUGAAGCAGUCCGAGCAACUUGCGACGAUGCAUCGACAUGCAAAAGGUUUGCAACUAGCAAAGGCUAUUGGUCAGACCCAUACAUACAGUAUUUUGUGCGGCAGACAGGUGAACGCAAGGCACCUGAGAUCAACAGAGGCUAUUAUGCCCGUGUACAAGGAGUGAACCACCUGCUGGAUGCUUUUCUCCAGAAGACGCAGUGUGACUGCCAGGUGGUCAAUCUUGGAGCAGGACUGGAUACUUCCUUCUGGAGACUGAAGGCUGAGAACACUUUGCCGAAAAAGUACUUUGAAGUUGACUUCCCCAUGAUUGUUGCCAGGAAAAUACACCAUAUCAAGGCAAAAUCUCAGUUGUCAAAGCCUUUGAUUGAGACCCAUUCCUCUGAUUCACUCCUAUUAGAUGGUCACAGCCUGGACUCAGACAGAUAUUGUAUCAUUGGUGCCGAUCUCAGAGACAUCUCAAGUUUAGAAGAGAAACUCAGAAAAUUCCAGAUAAAUACAGAGUUGCCUACACUGUUUGUGUCUGAAUGUGUACUGGUGUAUAUGAACCCUGAGCAGUCAUACAGACUGGUGCAUUGGGCAGCAGACACCUUCCACACUGCCAUGUUCAUCAACUAUGAACAGGUGAAUAUGGCUGACCGCUUCGGUCAGAUUAUGAUUGAGAAUCUGCAGAGACGUCAGUGUAAUCUGGCUGGAGUGGAUGUGUGCCAAUCUUUGGAUUCUCAGAAAGAACGCUUCCUGUCAACAGGAUGGGAAAGUGUGAAUGCACUGGACAUGAUGACGGUCUAUAGCCUGCUUCCUCAGGACGACAUGAGCAGAAUUGAACGACUGGAAUUUUUAGAUGAAAAGGAACUGCUUCAGCAGCUUCUCCAACAUUACAGUAUCUGCUGGGCUGUGAAGGAUGCACUCAGUUUGGGCAUUUCACAAAUUGGCUUUUAAGCAUGAUGUGGACCUGGUUGGGAAGCUUCUUUGUGCCAAGGUCAACAUGAAUCAUAGGAAGUCAUUUCAACUCUUUUUUUCCUUUUGUGACGUCAAUAAAAGAUGAAACUGUUGUAUUUUUGUCUUUUUUGCAUGGUGCCCUACAGUCUCCCCUGCACUCUGUGUGUUUCACUUAUGAAGCUGUAAUCAUCUGACUAUUUUGAGUGUAUGCCGUGCCACUAAAUCAUUAAAUCAUUAUUGCAGCAAA